UCCAUGGCGGAGGGCGAGGGUCUGGUCUCCGUGGACUAUGAGGUGUUCGGCAAGGUGCAGGGCGUUUUCUUCCGGAAGUACACCCAGGGGGAGGCUAAGAGGUUAGGACUCGUUGGCUGGGUCCAAAAUACUAGCCACGGCACUGUGCAAGGACAAAUUCAGGGUCCAGCUGACAGAGUACGGGAACUGCAGGAAUGGCUCAGGAAGACAGGAAGUCCCCAGUCCCGCAUCAGCCAAGCUGAGUUUAUCAACGAGAAGAAGAUCACGGCGCUGGAGCAUAAGGACUUCCAGAUUUUGAAAUAA